AUGUCCCAGAGAACACCCUCCAGCCCUGCCUCGAGCCUGAGCUCGGCGGGCCCCUCAACUCCGCCAAUGGCGACGUUCUACCACUCGCACGUCGUCCCGCUCCCACCGAUGACGCCAGCGCUGGCUUCGUCUGACCUCGACCGCCCGUCGAGUGUGUCGUCCUUCCGCGCACCAGCGCAGGCAGGCACGCCGGUGCCGGUAUCCGCGGUGCUUGCCACCGCGACGAACGGGGGCAAGCCCCGAAUCAAGUGGGAUAUGGCGUGCGACCCACUCCGGUGGGCAUAUGACCGCGAGCUCAAGGACACCGGCCUGUCCCUCGUACUGAGCGAGCCCGCCGCGUCCCCGGACGUCGCGCGCCUUUUGGUCACCAUCUCUGGGGCGUCGUACCCCUACGAGAUCUUCGUCGAGCGGCCGACGUCGCUCACUGCCCCGCUUUAUGUGAGCAUCCGCGAUGUGCUCGUUGCGAUUUUCGACAACCUUUGGCGGCCUGUCACCGCCGCCGAGCAGCAGGGCGCUGCACAACAGAACCCCCGUGCGUGGCAGGCUGCGUGCGCAGCGCACCGACAGCGCGCCGCCGGUCGUUCGGGCGAAGAUAUGCGCAGGUUGGAUUUUCUGACGGGCCGCACGGUGUUCCAAGGGCUGGGGUCGAAGGGGGUGAACGGUAAGAUACCGCAAUUGGAGGUCCGGGUUGGCGCGCGCGAGUCGUGA